AUGUCUUAAUUAAAGGAAGGAUAUGUGGAGGAAAGCAUUGAUGAAUUCGGCUUCCAAGAUAAAAUUUAUAAUUCCUAAGAAAUAUUUUAGCGCCUAAAGCAAUAUGACCCAUUAGGCAUUCCCUUAGAUUCUGAAAAAAUUAAAUUAUUUGCAGUUAGCACUCAUCAGAUAGUAAUUGUUACAGAUUAGAAUAAAGUUUAUCGCUUGAGAGAAGAACUUGAUGAGAAAUUUAUAAAUUAUCCUGUGCCUGAAAAAAAAGUUGAUAAUCCAAAUAAAGAAUUCAAAGAAAAAAUUAAAGAUAUGGGCAAACAAAUUUUAUUCUUAGGUGCCUAAGGUCCAAAAGUUUCUAUUGAUAGAAUUUUCCUUGAUCCAAAUGGUUAUCACUGUAUUUUGACUUGUGACUCUGGUUGUAGCUUUUAUCUAAAUUAUGAUCACAAUAAAAUAAAAUUUCUCAAAAAUUUGAAGGGUACCGAAUUCGUUAUUAAAAGUGUUGGAUGGGACGAAACUUGCAAUAACACUACAACAAAGAAUAUACUUUUUGGAACAUAAGAAGGUAUGCUCUAUAUUUAUAAAAUAGAAAUAGGGAAAAAUAACGAAAUAAUAGAUUGUAAUCCUGAAAAAACACUUGCUCUUAAAGGAGGAAGAUCUGUCCUUUAAAUUAAUUAUCUUAGAUUAGGUUCUGAAGAAAAUCCUAGGAUUGUAAUAUUAGUAUCAACAAGCACUUCAAUAUUUACCUUUCAUGGCACAGAAUUUAAUUUGAUGUUCUAAAAAUUCAGAACAAUAGAAAGUUAAGAAUAAGCUGAGCUUAAAUUCCCAAAUAUCACACUUACUUCUGUAAUGAGUGUUUGUUAUACUUAAAAGGAAGAUACUGGAAAAAAAGAACCUCAUUCCUUUAUAUGGACAAACGGUGUAGCUCUACAAGUUUUUGAUAUUCCUUAAGAUGCUUCUUCUUUAUAAGAAACAAAAUAUUAUAAAUAUGCAAAAAAUUCUGAUGAGCAUUCAUAAGAUGAGUAUAAAGUUAAAGAAAUGCCCAUAGAUAUAUUUUUAAGUGAAUUUCACUACUUUCUCUUACAUUCUGAUUAGCUUACAAUACUUUCUAGGAUAAACGAAAAAAUAGUUUAAAAGUUUGAUCUAAAGUUUAUGGGAAUAGUCUAUGGUAUGAGCUUUGAUUAUUCUAGCUAGUCUUUAUGGAUAUACUCUUCUAAGUAAAUAUUUAAGCUUAGCAUCAGGAAUGAAGGAACAGACGCUUGGAGAUUACUGCUAGAAAAAAAGAUGAUAAAAUAAGCUUAUGAAAUAAGCAUGAGAAACGGUUAAGAUGCUACUGAAUAUUUAGGAGGACUUUAUGCUGAUUCCCUUUUAGAAGCUAAGAAGUAUCAGGAAGCUGCAAAUUAGUAUUUUUAAACUUCAAGAAGUUUUGAAGAGAUUACAUUAAAAUUCUUAAAUUUGCAGGUAAAAGGAGAUAUGGAUUCUGUAGAUGGAUUAGAAGUUUAUUUAAUGCUGUGGCUAAGUAAUUUAAGUCCUGAGGCAAAAGUUUAAAGGAUUAUGAUAAUUAAUUGGUUGAUUGAGCUUAAAGUUAGCCGUUACAAUUAUUUUAUCUAGCAAGUAACAAAGUAUAAAAUUCAUCGCCCAAAGGAUUAGCAUGGAACUGAAUGGGUUAAAUAUCAAGAUUACAAAAAAUGGGAAAGAUCUUUAAAUUUUUAAGAUUAAAAUAUUGAAUAGUUCUUAGAGUAAUAUUGUGAUGAUAUUCCUGAGGAGUCUAUUUAUCAGAUUAUGCAAAGUCAUGGAAGGCUUAAAGAAUGCAUUUAAUUUGCCAAACAAAGAAAAUCAUAUGAAAUGAUUGUUUAGCAUUAUAUAAAUGAAGAAUAAUUUGAUAAUGUUAUAGAAGUAUUCAAAGGUAUUAAUAAGCCUAAAAAGUUAGCAUAACUUUUGUAAAAGUAUUGCCAUAUUCUAUUACAGAAAUAUGCUCCUGAAACAAUUGAUUUAAUGAAGAAAUCUAUUGAAUUUCUCAGAAAGUAUAAGUUCAGAACUGAAAAACUAGUUAUAGGCAUCAUGAACGUUCCUGAAAAGCAUAAAAAGGAUGCAAUUAGUUUUGUUUAGUUGCUAGUUGAUAAUAACUUUAAAGAAAAAACAAUACAUAAUCUUUAUAUUUAUCUGUUAUGUGAUAAAAACUAUAAAUCAGAGCUAAAUAAACAUCUGACUUAGUAAUAAAAAAAGAUUAUGAAUGAAGAGAAAAUAAAUUUCGAUAUCGAUUUUGCAUUGAGACUUACAUCCUAGAAAAUGCUCAGAAAUGCUCAAAUUCAAAUUUACGGAAUGAUGGAUUUGUAUUAAGAAGCAAUUGAUUUGGCUUUAAAUCAAGAACUAAUUGAAGCAGCUAUUAGCUUUGCUAGAAAGCCUUACUUUAAAGAAGAAAAGAAGAAGAAAAUGUGGCUAAAGAUAGCCAAGCAUCUUUUGAACAAAGGUGGUAACAAUGUGUAAGAAGUAAUUAAAAUGAUAAAUGACGAAUAAUAAUUUAUUAAAAUUGAGGAUCUUCUAUCUUAAUUUAGUGAAAAUGUUAAAAUUGAGCAUUUUAAAGAUUAAAUCUGCAAUUGCUUAUAAAAUUAUAAUACAGAAAUUAAAGAGUUAAAAUAGAUCAUUAAAUAGUAUUCAGACUCAGCUGACAAAUUACAAAUAGAUUUGAAGUUGAUCAAAAACAGGUAUGUUGAAAUGAAUCAAAAUGUAACUUGCAUGGAAUGUGUGCAAAGUCUCUUUAACGAGUCCUUUUAUAUAUUUCCUUGUAUGCAUGGAUUCCAUAAAGCUUGCUUGAUAUAAAGAAUGAAAAAAGAUAACAUAGAUUAAGGCAAAAUAAAUUAAAUAGAAUAAUUGAAUUAGGAAAUUGAGAUUUUAUAAUAGAAGCAGCUCAAAAUAGAAGUUAGGAAGAGAUAAUCAGGUAGUGGAUUCUUUAACAACAUAAACCAAAUUUUUUCAGCUGCAAGAGGAGGAUCUGAAGAAAUUGAAAUUAAUUAACAACAAAUGAGUCUAAAUGAAGAGAGGGAGCUUUAAGAAUAAAAAUAAAAAAUAGAUUAACUGUUAGCUAAUGAAUGCAUUUUCUGUGGGCCAGGAGUAGUUGAUAAUAUAUUUAUGAUAUACGAAAAGGAUAAAGAUCCAAAAACAUCAUGGGAAUUUUGA